AUGGGUGACUACUCGAAAGCACUUGAAUUUUACGACGAAGCACUUAUUAUCGACGAAAAAGCUCUGCUUCCGAAUCAUCCAGAUUUGGCUAUUUCGUACAACAACAUCGGUCAAGUAUAUAACAACAUGGGUGACUACUUGAAAGCACUUGUAUUUUACGAAAAAGCACAUAAAAUAAAAGAAAAAGCUCUACCUCCGAAUCAUCCCGCAUUUGCUGGUUCGUACAACAACAUCGGUGAAGUGUAUAAAAACAUGGGUGACUAUUCGAAAGCACUUGAAUUUUACGAAAAAGCACUUAAUAUCGACGAAAAAGUUCUGCCUCCGAAUCAUCCCGAAUUGGCUAUUUCGUACAACAACAUCGGCCAAGUGUAUAAAAACAUGGGUGACUACUUGAAAGCACUUGAAUUUUACGAAAAAGCACUUCAAAUUAGAGAAAAAGCUCUGCCUCCGAAUCAUCGCUUAUUGGCUACUUCCUACAACAGCAUCGGCUCAGUAUAUAACGGCAUGGGUGACUACUCGAAAGCACUUGAAUUUUACGAAAAUGCACAUAAAAUAAAAGAAAAAGCUCUACCUCCGAAUCAUCCCGCAUUGGCUACUUCCUACAAUAACAUCGGUCAAGUGUAUUAUCACAUGGGUGAUUACUCGAAAGCACUUGAAUAUUCUAAAAAGGACUUUGACAUUACAAAGCAAGUUCUGCCUCCAAAUCAUCCUGAUUUGGCUUUUCCAUAUAACUGGUUCGGAAGGAUUUAUCGCAGUACGAAAGAUUAUCCAAAAGCACUUGAAAGUUUCGAAAAAUGUCUCUCAAUACGUGACAAGGCGCUGCCUGAAAAUCAUCCUCAUCUAGCUCUAACAUAUAGUGAUAUUGGUGAUGUUCAUCGAUUAAUGGGUGAUUAUGAAAAGGCACUUUUAUUUCAUCGAAAAGCUUUAAAUAUCCAAGAAAAUGUCCAAUGUAAUCCUUUGGAAUGUGUAUUCACAUAUAUAAAUUUAGGUGAAACUUAUCGUGAAAUGAAAGAUUAUCCAACAGCAUUAACAUAUUAUCAAAAAGGAUUAGAAAUACGUGAGAAGAAAUCACCAAAAAAUCAUCCUGACAUAGCUGUUGCAUAUCACAAUUUAUCAAAAUUAUAUUUAUCUACUCGACAAUAUAGUAUGGCAAUCGAAUAUGUUCAACAAGCGAUAAAAAUUGCACAAGAAAAAUUACCUUCAACUCAUCCUCAUCUCGUUGAAUAUAAAGAAACAUUUGAACAAAUUCAAAAGAAAAUGUAA